AUGCGACAAACCUUCGCAUUUACAACCGCAGCUAUGGCAGCAGCUUUAGAAGAUACCCCCGUUUCCUACGAAGAUUUGGCAGAAAUUGAAAGGGAAUUUGAUGAUGUUGAAACGGAAAUCAUUCGACAACAAGUUUCCCUUACUCAACCUCUGUAUGCCCGUCGCAACAAAACUAUCUCUCAGAUUCCCAAUUUCUGGGCCCUGGUACUCGAACAGGCUCCUCCAGAUAUAGAUCAAUACAUUCAACCUUCCGAUUCCGCUCUUCUACUUUCCUCACUUACCUCCCUACAUGUAUCGCAUUUCGAACUCGAAGAUCCACAAUCCAACAAUGGAGGAGAUCCAAGAUCUGUAUCAAUUACGUGGACUUUCUCUCCAAAUGAAUAUUUUACAGAUGAAAAAUUGGUCAAGAAGUUCUGGUAUAGAAAGAGUCUUGGAGGUUGGUGUGGUUUGGUCAGUGAACCAGUUAGGAUUCAUUGGAAAAAGGGGAAAGAUUUAACCGGCGGCUUAUUGGAUAUGGUGUGUGAUGCUUGGGAUGCAGAACGAAAGGAAAAUUCGAAAAUUACUCCACAACACAAAUCACUCGAGAAGAAAAUGAACAAUACAAGUAUGGGAGGUUUAAGUUUCUUCGCAUGGUUUGGAUUUAUUGGUCGAAAAGUUAGUGAGGAAGAAAGUAAAGAAGCAAAUGCGAGAGAUUUAGCAAAGAGAGAAGCUAGAAAAAAUGGAGAGAAGGUGGUCGAAUCGGAUAAUGAUGAGGUCGAUGAAGAUGAUGAGGAUGAUUUGGGAAUGAAAUUGGAAAUCUUUCCGGAUGGUGAUGAUCUUGCUAUUGCUAUUACGGAAGAUUUAUGGCCUGGUGCUAUCAAAUAUUUUACCGCAGCACAAGAACAAGAUGCACUAUCAGAUGCAGAUUUUGAAUCAGAUGGUGAUGAUGAUGAUGAAGAAGAAGAAGAAUCGAAUGAAGCAGAGAGACCAAACAAGAAACAAAGAUCCUCUUAA